GUCUGUCACCAACAAAGACCAAACAAGAAAACCGAAGCUAAUCCGAACUAUAAUUUACUUGGCAUCUGCACCUGCACGCCUCCAACACCAACACCAACAGUAACAGUUUGUUCUUGUUCUUGUUCUUCGAUGGCAGUAACAUCAACUUCACUUGCCUCCCAACUCUACAUUGGGCUCCGCUGCCCCUCCCCAAAACUUGAUUCUUUCAAUUCUCAAUCUUUCUCUGGCAACCCUUCCUUCUUUCACACCCUUCAUUCCAAUCUUCGCUUAUCUGUCUCUCCUCCCAAACCCUCCCGUGCUAUCGUCGCCAUGGCUGGCACUGGCAAGUUCUUUGUUGGUGGCAACUGGAAGUGUAACGGAACAAAAGACUCCAUCAGUAAGCUUGUCUCUGACUUGAACAGUGCAAAAUUGGAGCCUGAUGUUGAUGUUGUUGUUGCCCCUCCCUUUCUGUACAUCGAUCAGGUGAAAAACUCAAUUACAGAUAGGAUUGAAAUAUCUGCCCAGAAUUCUUGGGUGGGAAAAGGGGGUGCUUUCACCGGAGAAAUCAGCGUGGAACAACUAAAAGACCUUGGAUGCAACUGGGUUAUUCUGGGACAUUCUGAGCGAAGACAUGUUAUUGGAGAAAAUGAUGAGUUUAUAGGAAAGAAAGCUGCCUAUGCUUUGAGCCAGGGUCUUGGAGUGAUUGCAUGCAUUGGGGAAUUAUUACAAGACAGGGAAGCUGGGAAGACUUUUGAUGUUUGUUUCCAGCAAUUGAAGGCUUUUGCUGAUGCAGUGCCUAGUUGGGAUAAUAUUGUUAUUGCAUAUGAACCUGUAUGGGCCAUUGGAACUGGCAAAGUGGCCACACCCCAGCAAGCUCAGGAAGUACAUGUAGCUGUUCGUGAUUGGCUUAAAAAGAAUAUAUCAGCUGAAGUUGCAUCUAAAACCCGAAUUAUUUAUGGAGGGUCUGUAAAUGGGGGCAACAGUGCUGAGCUGGCAAAGCAAGAAGAUAUCGAUGGAUUUCUGGUUGGAGGUGCUUCGUUAAAGGGUCCUGAGUUUGCUACCAUUGUCAAUUCAGUCACGUCCAAGAAAGUCGCGGCUUGAUUACUUAUUGGGUCUUGGCAAUAAGAGCGUAUUAAGGAUAAUGACGGGCUAGUCUUACAUGUGGCAAUAAUAUGGAUGUAUUAUAACAGUUUGGUCAUGCUAUGUCAUGGAAAUGGUUAUUUGACAAUUUAAUUUGGAUUGCUUUCUUGAUCACAGAUAUGAUUGCUAGACUAGAAGUGUUCGAGUCCGAGUUAAUAUUAUAGUACUUUUAACUUUAUCAUUAUAUCCCAAGCUAAACUUAAUUUUC